AAUAAUUCUCAUACUGCUGCAUUUUACGUUUUGAAAAAUAAAUAAAGCCACGAUUUUUUUUAACGUUGGCUGUAUGAGCUACGUCUCUAUUACCUGAUUUAUGAAAGAAUUAAACGAAAAAACAUCCGAUUCAAAACAAUAACAAAUGAGUAGGUUACAAUGGCAGGUAGAGGACGAGGACGCGGGGGUAGCGGUUUAUCAUUAACUACUGAGCAAAUACAAGCCUUAGGUGUGACACGCGGCGACAAUGCUCCUCCAACACUUGUGCCGCCACCACUGUUUCCAAAACUUGAGAAAAAACCACUACCUCUUAUAUGUGAUGCCGCCACUGACUAUAUGCUCAUUGUCAAAGAUCAGUUCAUUGAAUAUCUACACGAAUCACCGGCAUUUGUUAAAGUCAAAACAGAGACUGACGGUGUAGAGCGAUAUUCUGAUAAGUACAAAAUGUUAGCACUUGAUGCGAAGCAGAAUAAGUUAUUGGAUUGCGUGUGGGUUAACAUGCCUACCGAAUUACGGCCUCAAGCAAAACGUCCGCGUACUGUUCCGAGGAAAAGAAAACUCGAUGAUCCCGAAGAGAUAGCAAAGAGAUUACAAACGCUUGAAAAAAAAGAGACUCUGGAAACAGAUGAGGCGAUAGACGGCAAAAAAAAAGAAUUAAACAACGAAAACGUAGAUGAAGAAGAGGAGCUGGAAGAUGAACAUGAGCAAGAAUACGAACUAGAUGAUGGUACUGACUAUGCAAAUAACUAUUUUGAUAACGGGGAAGAUUAUGAAGAAGAAGAUGAUAAUUUGGAUGAUGGACCUGUUUACUAGGAAAUAUAUAUAUACAAAUUUAUAUUACACAGUUGAAACUGAUUGAUCUUGCAUAUUAAAAAUAAUUACAAUUAACUGUUAAUCAAA